UCCGCGCUCGUGCGCGCGCCCGCGGACGGGUUGCAGGUCUGGGCGCGCGCCCCGCGUCCCGGGCAGGAAGAUGGUGGCGAGCGCGCGAGUGCAGAAGCUGGUGCGGCGCUACAAGCUGGCGAUCGCGACGGCGCUGGCCAUCCUGCUGCUGCAAGGCCUAGUGGUGUGGAGCUUCAGCGGCCUGGAGGAGGACGAGCCGGGCGAGAAAGGAAGGCAGAGGAAGCCACGGCCGCUGGACCCCGGCGAGGGCUCCAAGGACACAGACAGUUCAGCUGGGCGACGGGGCAGCGCAGGCAGAAGGCAUGGGCGCUGGCGGGGCCGUGCCGAGAGCCCAGGUGUACCUGUGGCCAAGGUGGUACGGGCAGUAACCAGCCGGCACAGAGCCAGCCGGCGGGUCCCGCCAGCCCCACCCCCAGAGGCCCCAGGCCGCCAGAACCUGAGUGGGGCAGCGGCUGGGGAGGCGCUGGUUGGGGCAGCUGGCUUCCCACCACACGGAGACACAGGGAGUGUGGAGGGUGCCCCCCAGCCUACUGACAACGGCUUCACCCCAAAGUGUGAGAUUGUGGGCAAGGACGCGCUGUCUGCACUGGCCCGGGCCAGCUCCAAGCAGUGCCAGCAGGAGAUCGCCAACGUGGUGUGCCUGCACCAGGCUGGGAACCUCAUGCCCAAGGCUGUGCCCCGGCACUGCCAGCUGGCUGGGAAGAUGAGCCCUGGCAUCCAGUGGGAUGAGGUCCAGGCCCAGCAGCCCGUGGAUGGCCCUCCGGUACGAAUUGCCUACAUGCUGGUGGUUCAUGGCCGUGCCAUCCGCCAGCUGAAGCGUCUUCUCAAGGCUGUGUACCACAAGCAGCACUUCUUUUACAUCCAUGUGGACAAGCGCUCCAACUACCUGCACCGCGAGGUGGUGGAGCUGGCCCGGCAGUAUGAUAACGUGCGGGUGACGCCCUGGCGCAUGGUCACCAUUUGGGGCGGGGCCAGCCUGCUGAGGAUGUAUCUGCGGAGCAUGCAGGACCUGCUGGAGGUGCCUGGCUGGGCCUGGGACUUCUUCAUCAACCUCAGUGCCACCGACUACCCAACCAGGACCAACGAGGAGCUGGUGGCUUUCCUGUCGAAGAACCGAGACAAGAAUUUUCUCAAGUCACAUGGCCGGGACAACUCCAGGUUCAUCAAGAAACAGGGCCUGGACCGGCUCUUCCAUGAGUGUGACUCACACAUGUGGCGCCUGGGUGAACGGCAGAUCCCAGCAGGCAUCGUGGUGGACGGCGGCUCUGACUGGUUCGUGCUAACGCGCAGCUUCGUGGAGUAUGUGGUGUACACAGAUGACCCACUUGUGGCCCAGCUACGCCAAUUCUACACGUACACACUGCUCCCUGCUGAGUCCUUCUUCCACACGGUGCUGGAGAACAGCCCAGCCUGUGAGAGCCUCGUGGACAACAACCUGCGGGUCACCAACUGGAACCGCAAACUGGGCUGCAAGUGCCAGUACAAGCAUAUCGUGGACUGGUGUGGCUGCUCCCCCAAUGACUUCAAGCCACAGGACUUCCUCCGACUGCAGCAAGUCUCCAGACCCACCUUCUUUGCCCGGAAGUUUGAGUCGACUGUGAACCAGGAGGUACUGGAAAUCCUGGACUUCCACCUGUACGGCAGCUACCCCCCCGGCACACCAGCCCUGAAGGCCUACUGGGAGAACACCUAUGACAUGGCCGAUGGCCCCAGUGGGCUCAGUGAUGUCAUGCUCACCGCUUAUACUGCCUUUGCCCGCCUCAGCCUGCGCCAUGCUGCCACCGCUGCAUCCCCGCUGGCCACCCCACUCUGCAGGUUUGAGCCCAGGGGCUUGCCGUCCAGCGUGCACCUGUAUUUCUAUGACGACCAUUUCCAGGGCUACCUGGUGACGCAGGCGGUGCAGCCCUCAGCCCAGGGGCCAGCAGAGACGCUUGAGAUGUGGCUGAUGCCCCAGGGGUCGCUGAAGCUGUUGGGGCGCAGUGACCAGGCCAGCCGGCUCCAGAGUUUGGAGGUUGGCACCGAGUGGGACCCCAAGGAGCGUAUUUUCCGGAACUUUGGGGGGUUGCUGGGGCCGCUGGACGAGCCUAUGGCCAUGCAGCGCUGGGCCCGGGGCCCCAACCUCACAGCCACCGUGGUGUGGAUUGACCCCACCUAUGUGGUGGCCACGUCUUAUGACAUCGCAGUAGACACGGAGACUGAGGUCACGCAGUACAAGCCCCCACUGAGCCGGCCCCUGCGGCCAGGGGCCUGGACGGUUCGACUGCUUCAGUUCUGGGAACCCCUGGGUGAGAUCCGCUUCCUCGUGCUGCCCUUGACCUUCAACCGCAAACUACCUCUCAGGAAAGAUGAUGCCAGCUGGCUGCACGCCGGGCCACCCCACAACGAGUAUAUGGAGCAGAGUUUCCAGGGCCUGAGCGGCAUCCUGAACUUGCCUCAGCCAGAGCUCGUGGAGGAGGCCGCCCGGCGACACGUGGAGCUCACAGGCCCCGCACUCGAGGCCUGGACAGAUGGGGAACUGAGCAGCUUCUGGUCUGUGGCCGGACUGUGUGCCAUGGGCCCCUCCGCCUGCCCCUCCCUGGAGCUCUGCAGACUGACCAGCUGGAGCUCUCUGUUCCCCGACCCCAAAUCAGAGCUGGGGCCUGUCAAAGCAGAUGGGCGACUCAGGUAGCAGGGCCCCAGCCAGCGCCUCCGGAAGACCCGGAGAAUUGCACCUUAAAGAAAUGGAGGGUGUCCACCCCCCACAGGCAAGAACCAGAGGCCCAGGCAGUACCCCCAUGUCAGCCAUCAAGAACCCGCAUAGACGGCAGGAAGGCGGGCAUAGUAUUUACUCCUGCUGAUGGCUCUGCUGAGGACCAGAAGUUGGCGGGAAUGUGGGGAGAAGGGCUCCAGUUUCCACACCCCGCUCUUGCUCACCUUCUCCUCCAGUUUUGGUUUUUUUUUUUAAGGAAAAGGGGUGGUGGGGGGAGGAACUGGAAACAAAAGAUGUGCAAUAGGGCUCACAGCAGCCCCAGGAAGUGGGCCAUGGCUCUGGGGAGCAGGGGCCUGACCAGCCCAUCUGCUGUUGCCCUGGAGGAGGCUGGGCCCACCUCAUUCUUCAGAGCCUCAUCCCCCAGCCUGGGCGUGUGGUGCUCACGGCUGAGGCUCUGCAGGGGUGCAAGUGCCGUGCCAGGCUCCGAGGUCUGGAGAACAGGUGAUUUGGGGGAGCACUGCAGAGCUGGACUCUAGCGGGAUAGCCUCCCCUCUUGUAGCCAGGGGACCGUAGAAGAGGGGGUGGGGCUGGCUCUAGGGCUUUCCACAUACCCUGCCCCUUGAUGGGAAAGGCAGGGCACCAGGCCUGCUGAGACCAGUGCAGGGUCUCCCAGCGACCCAGAACUGCAAGCAGGGCCUGGGCUCCCGCCUUAGUCGGGGGAGCCCUCACGAGCAGCGUGGGAAGAAGACUCUGUCAGGGCUCUCAGAAGAACCUGGAGCAGCAUUGUGCCUGAAGCUCAGUGUGAAGUCUGAAAUAUGCAACAGAAGAAAUAUAUCUCUAUCUCUCUAA